AUGGUCAACAUCUCGUCACUCUCAAAGAUUUUGGUCGCCGUCUCUCCUCUCCUCCUCACAACACAAGCAGCAGUUCCUCAGUCUACCUGGGUAGGCCAACCAGGAACCAACCGCAAUCCUGAUCCCAAUGCCAACCUCACCUUCGCCAUCAAUGUCCCAUCAGGGAACUCCAAUGAACUCUUCUUCCAUCUGUCCUCGCCUGCUGCACACUCAUAUGCUGCCUUUGGUAUUGGGACCAGAAUGCAAAAUUCACUCAUGUUUAUCGCGUAUGCCUCUGGAGAUGGCAAAAAUGUUACCCUAAGCCCCCGACUAGCCACCGGAAAUUCCCAACCCAGAUACACCGACAACGUCGAGGUUCAGGUCCUGUCCGGCAGUGGUAUCAUUGAUGGCAAUUAUGUUGUCAAUGCCAAGUGCUCAAACUGUCGCACAUGGAGCGGUGGCAGUGUAGAUGUCACAAACAGCAAUGUCAAUAUGAUCUGGGCUAUUGGUCCAGAAGGCGAAAUCGACAGCGAUAAUGUUGAAGCCAACAUUCAACAACAUCGCACCUACAGUUCAUUCACCCUGGAUUUCGCCGCCGCCACUGGAGAAGCUGGCGUCCCUAUCCCUCAAGCAUCCUCUGAUAACACCGAGGUCAUUGGUGGUCCAAACAGUGGCCAGGGCUUUGGUGGUCGUGGCGGCACCACUGCCUUCCACGCCUUCAUCUUGGUGGCUGCUUUCUUGGUGGUAUUCCCAACAGGUUUCCUCUUUUUACGCGUUUUUGAAAAAGUAGUUCUCCAUUGGGCUGUCCAGUCACUCGCGUUGGUCAUGUCUGCCGUUGGCGUCGGUUUGGGGGUGUCCAUCAGCAAGAAUCGCGGCAUUAGUCCGGAUUUAAAUCAUUACCAUCAAAUCUUGGGCUUCGUCGUCUUAGGAUUGCUUCUCAUGACAUGGGGCAUUGGUCUUUCAGCGCACAUGGUCUUCCGCCGAACUGGCAAACCAGCCAAAUUUAUGAUCGGCCAUCGCAUCCUAGGUCCGGCGACCAUGGGUCUAGGGCUCGGCAACUGCUUUGUCGGAUUCCGCUUCGCUUCCAACACUCGAGCUGCCAUUAUCCUCUUGGUCGCUGCAAUCAUCAUGAUUGUUGGCAUUGGCGUUGUCCUGUUCUUUGUCCGCCGUCGCAAGAUGCGCAAGGCCGCUAUGAACACCCCCGCUGCCUUUAAUUUCCGCGAGGGUCAGAUGAAUACUGCACCUCCACCUGCGCCGUAUGGACCUAAUAGUCCUGCCAUGCCACAUUACGGACAAGGAGGAAUUCCUUUGCAGAGCUAUCAGAACAAUCAACCACCGCCGACAUAUCGUUGA